GUCGAUGAAAAAUGCACGCGUCGAUAAGAAUCGGCGGAGAGGGCCGUAAUUACGAGAGCGAGCGAUUUUUACGUGCGCGUGACAUCUAAUUAAAGUGAUUGGCAAGUUUAACCGCUACGCCCGGAACCUUUAUACAGCGGCCCGUGUAUAAUUUCACGAAUCCCCUGCAUUUAUAAACAUCAAAGAAAACAUGGAAUCGUGUAUGAGGGACACUUGUUCGUCGUCAUUGCAAUCAUCGCCAGCCUCCGUCUUUACUUUUUUUAUACAAAUGUUAAUGGCGUCCCGUUGUAAACUGAACAAUCCGAAUGAAUAUCCCAGAGAUCGCAUAAAGGACAUUUUAAGAUCGAACAUGGAAUUCGAUUUCGUGAUCGCUGGUGGUGGAACCGCUGGAACUAUUUUGGCUCGCAGAUUAACGGAAGUGAAGGAUUGGAAGGUUUUGUUAAUCGAAAGAGGAGAUUAUCCUUUACCGGAAACCGCACCGCCUGCUUUCUCCAAUAACUUGGGUAUGUCACAGGAUUAUGCUUACAAGAUCGAAUAUCAAAAAGAAGCCUGCUUGAGCCAAGUCGAUAAACGAUGCAGAUGGUCGAAAGGUAAAGCCCUAGGUGGAAGUUCGGUCAUCAACGCCAUGUUGCACAUCUUUGGCAACAAAAGGGACUACGACACUUGGGCAAAUAUAGGAAACCCCGGUUGGAAUUACGAAGAAGUGCUUCCAUACUUUAGAAAAUCGUUGAGCUGUGCACCCGAAUUCAUAGCGAAAUAUGGUACCGAGUAUUGCGGAACUGACGGCCCUAUGAGAAUCAGACAUUACAAUUACACUGCGACAGAUGUACAGGAUAUAAUCUUGAGAGCCGCGCACGAGGCGGGAUACGACAUUCUCGAGCCAUUGAACGGUGAUCGUUUCAUCGGAUUUGGAAGAGCGAUGGGCACCCUCGACAAUGGGCAACGGCAAAAUUGUGCAAAAGCAUUCCUCUCCCCGGUCAAAGACAGAGAGAAUCUGUACGUAAUGACAUCGAGCAGGGUGGACAAGAUUCUGUUCGAGGGCGAACGAGCUGUCGGCGUUCGAGUCAGUUUGAGCAACGAGUCGAUGGAAGUGAGAGCGACGAAGGAAGUGAUCCUGUCGGCGGGAAGUAUCGCCAGUCCACAGGUAUUGAUGCUCUCGGGGAUCGGGCCCAAGGAGCACUUGGAGGAAUUGGGAAUACCCCUUCUGAUCGAUCUGCCCGUUGGAAAGAAUCUUCAAGAUCACGUGAUAUGGUUAGGAUUAACCUAUUCCUAUACGAAUGAUUCGGUGACAUCUCCUCCUAAGAAUCAGAUAAACGCUAUUUACGAAUAUUUGGAAUACAAUGCUGGCCCAUUACGCGUUCUUCCGAUCGAUCUGACCGGUUUCGUGAACGUGAACGAUUCUCAUUCGAAAUAUCCGAAUGUUCAAUUUACAAUUUUACCGUUUCAACGCUACAUGAACGAUUUAUUAGUUGUAUUUCAAUCAUUCAAUGUAGACAAAGACGUUGUAUCAGAAAUUGCAAAGAUUAUGAACGAAACGAACUUGAUCUUUAUUAUUCCUAUAUUGAUAAGACCUUUGAGCCGAGGUUUUCUCAAGUUGCGUAACACCGAUCCGGCCGAUCCUGUUAAGAUCUAUGCGAAUUAUUUCGUCGAGAAGGAGGAUUUCGAAAUGUUGUUGAAAUCCGUGGAUAUUGCCAAGGCUCUCUUAAACACCGAGACUCUGAAGAAGUACAAUAUGAAAUUGUAUUAUUUUGACAUUCCCGGAUGUCGAGACACGAAGCCGGAUACCGAUGAAUAUUGGGAAUGUAGCCUUAAACACUUGUCUACCACGUUGUAUCACCCGUGUGGAACGGCGAUGAUGGGACCGGCUAACGAUUCCAGAGCCGUUGUGGAUUCGAGAUUGAAAGUGCACGGUGUCAAAAAUUUACGAGUGAUCGAUGCGUCGAUCAUGCCGGAAGUGACGAGCGGGAAUACGAACGCGCCGACUAUGAUGAUCGCUGAGAAGGGAGCGGAUAUGGUUAAACAGGAUUGGGGCAUAAAAAUAUAGAUAUGAGAAAAUCACACUUUAUAAAGAUAUUA